AUGCCUGCUGCCACCGACAGCCCUCCCAAGGCGGAAUCACGGCUUCUCCUGGUCUCGAAUCGUCUGCCAAUCACCAUCAAGCGUUCUCCGGAAGGGAAAUAUGAUUUCUCCAUGUCGUCAGGGGGCCUUGUCACUGGUCUUAGUGGGUUGGCGAAGAGCACCACUUUUCAAUGGUAUGGCUGGCCAGGGUUGGAAGUCCCUGAAGAUGAAGCUGGCGGUGUGGUCAAGCGUCUCAAGGACGAAUUUAAUGCUAUCCCGGUCUUCGUCGACGACGAAUUGGCCGACCGGCAUUACAAUGGCUUUUCAAAUUCCAUUAUGUGGCCGCUAUUUCACUACCACCCCGGUGAAAUCACGUUCGACGAGUCAGCUUGGAAUGCUUACACCGAGGUCAACCGCCUCUUCGCUCGGGCCAUUGCCAGAGAAGUCGAGGAUGGUGAUCUUGUCUGGGUCCAUGACUACCACCUGAUGCUGUUACCUCAGAUGCUCCGGGAAGAGAUUGGGUCUACCAAGUCCAAUGUCAAGAUCGGCUUCUUCUUACAUACUCCCUUCCCAUCGAGUGAGAUCUACAGGAUUUUGCCCGUUCGAAAUGAAAUCCUGUUGGGAGUUCUUCACUGCGAUCUGAUUGGCUUUCACACCUACGACUACGCUCGACACUUUCUCAGCAGCUGUUCGCGAAUUUUGAACCUCAGCACUACACCCAAUGGGGUUGAAUUUGAGGGCAAGAUUGUCACAGUUGGUGCUUUCCCGAUAGGCAUCGACCCGGAAAAAUUCACCGAAGGAUUGAAAAAGGAGAAGGUACAGAAACGAAUUGCUGUGCUGGAGGAGAAGUUCAAGGGGGUAAAGUUGAUUGUCGGCGUGGAUCGUCUCGACUACAUCAAAGGUGUUCCCCAGAAACUGCAUGCUCUCGAGGUGUUCCUGACAGACCACCCCGAAUGGAUUGGCAAGGUGGUUUUGGUCCAGGUCGCCGUGCCCAGCAGACAAGACGUUGAAGAAUAUCAGAAUCUUCGCGCUGUUGUCAACGAAUUGGUGGGACGCAUCAAUGGCAAAUUUGGCACUGUCGAGUUCAUGCCCAUCCACUUCAUGCAUAAGUCGGUCAACUUCGACGAGCUCAUUGCCCUUUACGCCGUCUCAGAUGUCUGUCUCGUUUCCUCAACACGAGACGGCAUGAACCUGGUAUCAUUUGAGUACAUAGCCUCUCAGGAACAGCGAAAAGGUGUUCUCAUUCUUUCCGAAUUCGCUGGUGCCGCACAGAGCUUGAAUGGCAGUAUCUUGGUCAACCCUUGGAACACUGAGGAGUUGGCAACCGGCAUUCAGGAGGCUGUGACGAUGAGCCCGGAGCAUCGCGCCAUUAAUUAUGCCAAGCUGCACAAAUAUGUCUUCAAGUACACCAGUGCUUUCUGGGGCCAAUCUUUCGUCGCCGAAUUGACCAGAAUAUCCGCCCAAGGAGAGAAGAAGUUGAAGUUACGCCGCGCAUCCUUGAUCAAAUCGCCGUCUCAGCAGCCGCCUUCGGAAAACAGAGAUGGGGAUUCGGAAACGAAACAAGCCGCUCAACCGCCCCAGCCAUCGACGAAACCAGAGGUCGAAAUCGAUGGGCGAGAAGCUUCUCGAGAUGUCGGUCUCACGGCCGCGGAUGGAGUCUCGAAAGAAAAGUCAGCCACUCUAUGA